GCGUCGCAGGAAUAUGUGCUAGGCUGUAGGCGCAGAAUUUGUUUUAAUUGCAUAAAAUAUCAAAAGAAAAUAUUUAAAACCGUGUUCAGCCAUACAAUUAAACUAAUCCACAUAAUUAAAAUGAAUAUUUAUAACAAACUGCGCCGCAGAGAACAUGGUUUGGCUAACGAGCGGACCUAUGACUUUGCCCUACGGCGGCUGUGUGUUUCCAAGGAGGAUAGCUGGCGGGGCAUUGCGCCUGCUAACUACAGUCCGGACUUUAAUCCGGAGCCUCCCAUAUUCUCGGCAAAGUUUGCCAACUGCGAUGGAUAUCGUCACAUACUGGCCAUUGCCAAUGAGGAUGGCAAGAUUGCGUUGCAGGACACGACGCUGCGCAACCAGGAGCCGGAGGAGCAAUCGCUAAGCGCGCCACAGUGCCACUUCAAUGCUGUGUUUGAUUUGGAAUGGGCGCCAGGUCAGAUGAGAUUUGUAUCCGCCUCGGGGGAUCAUACGGCACGACUUUGGGAUGUGGCUGGCUCUGGUAUAAGGGGGCUAAACUCAUAUGUCGGGCACACACGGUCCGUCAAGUCGGCUGCCUUUAAGCGCACGGAUCCCGCUGUCUUUGCCACUGGCGGGCGAGACGGCGCCAUACUUAUAUGGGACAUUCGUGCCAAUCUAAAUAUGGAUCUGACUUCGCGCAUUGACAAUUGUAUAUACAGUGGACACGCGGGUGGCCCAGGUACGCCCAUAUCGCAGCGCAAGCAGCGCACUCGCACACCUAAGACGGUGGCAAAUACCACAUCGAGCAGCAUUACUGGACUGGCGUUUCAGGACAACGAUACUCUCAUCUCCUGUGGAGCCGGUGACGGCAUCAUAAAAGUUUGGGAUCUGCGACGCAACUACACGGCCUACAAGAAAGAGCCACUGCCCAGGCAUAGUCUGCCCUAUGCCGGCAACUCUACGUUCAAGGGCUUCACAAAUCUUAUUGUGGAUGCUGCGGGCGCUCGUUUGUACGCGAACUGCAUGGACAACACCAUUUAUUGCUACAAUCUUAUGUCGUAUUCUCCCAAACCGCUGGCGUGCUACAAAGGCUUGCUUAACUCCACCUUCUAUAUUAAAUCGUGCCUUAGUCCGGACGGCAAGUAUUUGCUCAGUGGCAGUAGCGAUGAGCGCGCCUACAUCUGGAAUUUGGAGCAUGCGGAUGAGCCUCUAGUAGCGUUGUCUGGCCACACUGUUGAGGUGACUUGUGUGGCGUGGGGUGCCACUCACGACCGCCCGCUGGUCACAUGUAGUGACGAUGCACGUCAUAAGAUUUGGCGUAUUGGACCCGACAAUGUAACUGAUGCGGAACGUGCAGAAAACUAUCGUGGACACGCAGCCUAUGUGCGACAGUUCGAUAGGAAACCAGCGUCCGCUGGCGCAGCCACACACAAGUACAAUUUACGGGCGCUGGAGUCGACGCCACGCUCCCUUAAACGCCUGAUGGAGCAGAACGAACGCACGCCCGGAUCUGUGGAGAAAAUGUCUAUGAAACGUUCAUUUUUGGACAUGCUGGGUGCGGCGGCUAGCACAAGCAAUGAUGCGGAUCCGGAGCACCAGCAACAGAAACGACCAAAGAUGUUGGAGUCUAGAGGGCGUCGUCUUUUUGGGCCCACCACGAACCCACAGGAGCCUUCAUGCCGACACAUACAAUUGCCAGCGAUUGCAGAGGAUGAUCCCCUGCCCCUGAGAGCACCAGAAGAACGGAGCUCAGAUAUGACUUGCAAUCAGGAGAACACAAUCGAAGAAGUAUCACCUUUGUCGUCCUCAUCAAGCAAAGCAUAUAGCGUCGCUAAUAUGCCAUCACCACUAAGUGAAAAUAUCAAUCACAUCUACACCUCGCCACCAACGACAUCAGCAGCCGCUGCAUCAGCAUAUUCGUCCGCCUCCUCUCCGCUUGGACAGUCCUUGUUACUGUCCAGUAAUGGCAUUUAUUCGCCCACUUCGAAUUUACCCAACUACGUGCUGGAUGGAGAGGCGCCACAUUUAGGGAUUAUGUCACCCAAACGUAAGGCCAAAGAAAAAGUAGACUGGCUAACGAAAAUACGCAAACAGAAGCUAAUGACCAGCGUACGAGCGCCGCUUUCACUGAGCGAGAAAAUUAACGAGGAGCAGCAGUCGUGUGUUACUGCCGACGUACUGGCCUCGCCGCGUUUAAAGAGUUUGCGUAACUCUGAGUGCAGCCCGCGUUUGCAGGCCACACCACGGCGUCGCACCUCACAUAACGAUGGUACGGGUGGGUCUGGCACACCCCGCACUCCUACUUCAAGUCGGCGGAACAGCGAGACAACGCUCCUGCGUUUCUUCAGCGUGCAGCGCACCAAUGUCAUUCGGGAGACUGUUGAGGUGGAUGUCGAUGGAAGUGCCAACAUCGGUGUAGAUGAUGUUCCACCGCUUUCGCCAAGUCCACCAACUGCUCCUCCUCUAACAACACACACUCCUACAACUACUACGGUGGGUAAUUGACACGCAAGCGUUGCUGAAAUCUUUAUUAAAUUUACAAAUAUUGUUCAGAGACGGUUUGCGCAGUUCUUCAUGUGAUUAAGUUAAGUUGGCACACAAAAAAAAAAGUUUACCAAUGUGCUUAAUUAGCUUAAUUUUAAAACACUGUAAGGAGAAGCGAUUCGGGCAUUUGUUUUACUUUGCAAAUUAGCUGUUUGCAUGAAAUUGUUUCUAAUUCACAGCCAUUUUUUUAAAUUGGUAUUACUUUCAAUAGUAGCUGCUACAAAUUAAAAAUUGAUAGCAAUUUGUGGCAUAUCAUUUCAUAAGCAGGUAUAUCCAAAAGAUCUAAUAGGAUCGAUCCUCUUUCGUGUCGUCAAUUGUAUCAUUUGUAGUUUUAACUGGACUUUAUUAUUUAAGUUAAAUUUUAAAUUAGUUCUAAGUGGGAUUUUUCUAUCCGGUCUGGAUGAGUUGGUAGCCAAUUCCCAAACUGUACAGUACCAAUACAAACAAAUGAAAGACUAAAUACAUAUGUAUAACGCU